AUGGGCGGGGUCCGCCAUUACUCCCCUCCACCUCAGAAUGCAAUACCAGCGGCCAAGCAGAAGUAUGUACCAACCAGUGGCACAUAUCCUAAAGGCUUCCUUGUCUCGGGAACCCACGUUGGAGUCAAGCCUACAAACAAAAACACACCAGACCUGGCUUUCCUUGCCUCGGAGACACCAUGUGCUGCAGCUGCAGUAUUUACAAAGAACAAGUUUCAGGCCGCACCUGUGACCGUUAGCAGAGAAAUGCUGAAGAGGAGGAAUAAUAGCGGCAUCCGUUCCGUAAUUGUCAACUCGGGAUGUGCAAAUGCGGUGACCGGGAAGGGAGGUAUGGAAGAUGCAGAGAAGAUGGGGGAAGAGGCCGAUAAGUGCUUCGAUCAAACCAAUGAUGGAAAGAGAGGAAGCUCAAUUGUUAUGAGUACUGGGGUAAUUGGCCAGAGGUUACCAAUUCGAAAGAUUUUACAAGGAAUCCCUGCUGCAUUUGAUGCUCUAGGAAGCUCACACGACCAUUGGCUUACUGCAGCGCGAGCAAUCUGCACGACUGAUACUUUCCCAAAACUUAUCUCCCGAACAUUUUCCCUGCCUUCCUCUCCAUCCAUCGAAUAUAAGAUUGCAGGGAUGACCAAGGGUGCUGGAAUGAUCCAUCCCAAUAUGGCCACACUAUUAGGAAUGAUUGCUACCGAUGCUGCAAUUGCACCAGCACUUCUCCCAACACUUUUGACAAAUGCUGUCAACAAAUCCUUCAACAGCAUCUCCAUUGACGGAGACACCUCGACAAACGAUACUGUUGCGGUCUUGGCCAAUGGUGCUGCUGGAGGAAAAGAAAUUACUUCCGAGUCAUCUGAAGACUAUGCUGUCUUCCAAAAGACCUUGACAGAGUUUUCCACCGAUCUUGCCAAACUUGUUGUUAGGGAUGGUGAAGGAGCAACAAAAUUCGUGACAAUUCGUGUGACUGAGGCGCCUUCCGAGGUUGGAGCACGCAAGAUCGCUAGCACAAUUGCAAGGUCUCCCUUGGUCAAGACGGCAUUGUACGGGAAGGACGCCAAUUGGGGUCGUAUCCUGUGUGCUACUGGUUACUCGCAGAUUUCCGAGCCGGGCCAGGCCAUCAAUGAGGUCCCUGACAUUAUACCAGAAAAGACAAGCGUCUCUUUCAUCCCAAGUGAUGGUUCUCCUGAGCUGAAGCUAUUGGUGAAUGGUGAGCCCGAGACGGUGGAUGAGGUGAGAGCAGCUGAGAUCUUAGAGCAUGAAGACUUGGAGAUCCUGGUUAGAUUAGGCGGUGGGGAGCAGGAGGCUGUUUACUGGACUUGUGACUACAGUCACGAAUAUAUCACGAUUAAUGGGGACUAUCGAACAUAA